AUGCUGGCUCACAAGAUCGCAAGAAUCCAACAGCUGACGAGUGGGGUUUAUGAGGAAGCACCGGCCCCUCCACGAAUCGACCUUCAGCCUCGCUUUCGUGUUGAGACUAUCACAAAGCACGAUAAGGCUUUGGCCGAAACCUACCUGAAAAGAGAGGCCUCAGCUGCUCGCGUAUCUCAACCUCUUCUCCGCAGAGUCAAAUCCAAACUGACCAGGCCGGACAAGACGGUGACUUUGACCGCUCUCUGCAACCAUGUACACAUUGACGGCUGUACCGAAGUCGCGCAAAUCUACAUCGACAGACUGUCUAUAGAUGCCGCUCAGUCUGCUAUACAGUUCGCACUACCUGACGAUCUCCUGUUGGCCGCAAUCAAAAACGCAAAUGUUAACCUGGUGCGGCUGCUCGCUCCAUUCACGGCGGAGGAAGCUGUUACCGCCGCCCUCGAAUCUGCUGUCCUCAGCGGCAAUCGAAACAUCGUCACAGCGCUACUGGAAUAUGGCGCUGAUGCAAACACGCUCGAUCACGGUUGCAUGUUUCGACUUACUGAAACAGAUCUUGGCCUAUUUCAGUUGAUCCUUCAAGCUCCCAGGCCAUUCCGCCAUGAGGCUUUCGGCAACCUCUGUGUCAUCGCUAUCCAACGUGGCGACUCGGCUGCCCUCCAUGUGCUCCUUCGAAGCAUUUCAGGUUAUCAGAUAUUUCGCGAUGGCACGGGCCCUUGGAAUCGUGACAGUCUUCUCGCCACUGCGAUCGGCUCUCCCGAUAAAGCAGCUUUUUUCGCUGUUGCUGCUGCUACCUGUAACUGGCCUUUAAGUGACGCUCGCCUGUUUUUGCAAGUUCUAGAGGCUCCGGAUCUGGACAGCUGCCUGGCUAAGGACAUGCUGGAAAUUUUGCUCUGCCUCGGUGAUAGCAUGGCUCGAUCUUCCCAGUCAGAUCAGGAGAUGCAGGCAACACUUUGUCACUGUAUUCAAAUGCAAGCAGAAGAUAUACUGCGUCUCUUGGUGUCUUAUGGCGUGGAGAUCUCAGCCGAACCACUACUGCUCGUGUGUCAAAGUCAAGAUAUGAAGAUGCUUGAUACGCUGCUGGCUGGUAACCUCCGAGGAGCAGAUCAAGUAGUUGCGCGUAUUUCGCACCUGCAGGGACAAGCCCAGAGGGAGAUGCGCCAGAGAGUCAUGCGUCGCUUGCUGGCUGGCGGGGCUGAUGGCGUUUGGAAGCACAGCGAACUCGUCAAGGCGGCCUCAGAGGGCCAGGUACACUGGGUCGAGGCACUGAUCGAUGGUAAUGCUUCGGUCGAUUAUCUUAACGGUGCUGCUCUUGUGGAGGCUGUCUCAGUAGGGCACAUCCCUAUCGUUCAGAGACUCUUAUCCCGUCCAGUGUCCCUCCAGAGCUUACAAGCAGCGUUCCCAGGUGUCCGGCAAUUGGAGACUCUGCCCCGUCGCCUACUCGCAAGGCUCUUCAUAAAUCAGGGUCUCACAGGGCAGUGUCUGGACGAGGCUCUUAAUAGCGAACUCUGCAAUUACUCUUACCAUCGAGACCCCGAACUGGUGGAUAUGUUGGUCAGCGCUGGUGGCCACUGUGACGACGUUUCGCUUACGGUCGUCUUCGAGCACCGCGAUGCCGGCAUUUUCGACAAAAUACGUCUCUCGAAAACAAUCCUUCCCGAAUCAGCUUCGCAUUGGUUUGAAGGCUGGCAUCGCGUUCUCUUCUACCACAUUCAGGAAAGGGACGAACAUGCAGCAGUGUCGGUCGCUUGCCUGAAGAUGAUACUGUCCAAGUUGAACCCAAUGGAGGGCCUUUGUGGCGCUCAUGAUGGUGCUCGCCAAGUUGAAUGUUUCCAUCAAUUCUUUGAACGGGGUGCAGAGGAUUUUGAGCUGCUAUCAGCAUGCAUCAGAUGGGCGCAACGCAUGGACAGCCUCAUACUCACCGAGCUUGUCCUGACCGCCGCUUAUUUCUGCGACCUUGAUCGACUCCAUGCCAUCGCACUCCUCAACUUCUAG